ACCGUCGCGCGGCGAUGACGUCGCGGGGGCCUGGCCGGGCGUCGCGGACUCCCGAGAUGGAGGAAAAGGAGCAAUUACGCCGGCAGAUCCGCCUCCUGCAGGGUCUGAUCGACGACUAUAAGAAUCACCACAGCAGCGCCCCUGCCCCUGCCCGGUGGCAGCCGUCUGCAUACAACAGCUGCCGGGCCUUUGGCACCCGCUACCCGCGGCCGAGCCGGAGGGGCUUCACCCCGAACCGCGGACCCGAGUGGCGCAAGAAGUACUCCCUAGUGAACCGGCCGCCGGGCGCCCCGGACCCGCCCGCCGAUGGCGCCCCGCGCCCGCCGCUGGCCGCGGAGGCCCGCCAGGGGCCCGACCCCCCGCAGGGUGGCCCCGAGAGGCAGGUGCAGCUCAGUUCGGAUCAGAACAUGGUCAUCAGGAUCAAACCGACGCCCUGCGCCGCGGGAGCCGGGCAGGGCACGUUGGAGGCACCUGCAGAGGCCCGCUGGGGCGAGCCCCCUCAGGGAGGCGAGGGCGAGCCCCCCGUGGGCCCCGCGCCGGCCAGGGGCAGCUGUGGCUCCGAGGACCCGCUCCUGGUGUGCCGCAAGGAGCCGGGCAAGCCGCGGGUGGUGACGUCGCUGAGCAGCGGCAACUCCGCCGAGCCCCGGCGUGCCGUCAGCGAGAGUGCCCUCACGGCCCGGCCCUGCCUACCCCGUGCCAGCCAGCCCCAGCGCAGCAGCACGGCCCUGGGCCAGCGGGGAGGUCUGUCCAUGGGAAGCUGUGGCUCCUCGGGUCCGACUGCCCCCUCCGGCUCAGCGGGGAACCCCUCCAGAUUGGCCCUGGGGGCCCGGCCUGCCCGCGAAGCUGCCGCUCUCGGAGCCUGUCGGAGUGGCAAGUUCCGGCGGAACAACUACAAGUGGGUGGCCGCCUCCGCCAAAAGCCCCCGGCCCAGUCGGAGGGCCGCAAGCCCCCGGGCCGCGGAGCAGGCUCGCAGGACACUCCCCGGGCCCGAGCCGGAGCCCCACACCCCGCCCGGGGCCUCCCCCAGCAAGUAUAAGUGGAAGGCAUCCAGCCCGGCGGUCUCCUCAUGCUCCUCCUUCCGCUGGCAGCCGGAGGCUGGCAGCAAGGACCUGAUCUCUCAGCUCUCUCCAAUCCCGUCGGGUUCUCCCCCUGGAGACACACCUGCCCAGCCGUCCCCCUCUGCUUACAAGGUGAAGAGUCGCACCAAGAUCAUACGCAGGCGGGGCAGUGCCAGCCUCUCCGGGGACAAGAAGAGCAGCUCUCCCCCCGUGGCCGCCACCAGGAGCCAGUUCAGCCUGAGGCGCAGACAGGUCCUGCGGACCAAGAGCAGCCCAGUGCUGAAGAAGACCCCGCACCGGGGCCUGGCGACACUCAGCAGGCAGCGAUUGAGCCAGCCUCAGGCCCGGGCAGCGCUCCCCAGCAGGGAAGUGUCCAGUGCCCACACUCUGCGGACCCCUCCCAGUAGCAAGGUGAUCAAGACCCGCUACCGCAUCGUGAAGAAGAAUUCCGCGUCACCUUCCUCUGUGCCCCUCGUGGCUCAGUCUGGGCCCUCCUGGCGCUCACGGCGCCUUGCCCUGUCCAGGUCCCUGGUGCUCAACCGUCUGCGCCCGGCCACGGGGACUGGGAAGGCUCAGCCCAGCUCCCCGGCGUGGCGAAACCCAGGCUACCGCUGCAUCGGAGGAACCCUCUACCGGGUGUCUGCCAACAAGCUCUCCAAGACUGCUAGUCGCCAGGGCGAUGCCGGGAGCAAGACACCCCUACGUGUGGGCCGACUGGACUCUGCCGGCAGCUGUGGUCGCUCCCUGGCUAGCCGGGCCGUGCAGCGUAGCCUGGCCAUCGUGCGGCAGGCAGGGCAGAGGCGGCGGAAAAAGGAGGAGGAGUACUGCACGUACUACAACCGCUUCGGCCGCUGCAGCCGCGGGGAGCACUGCCCCUACAUCCACGAUCCUGAGAAGGUGGCUGUGUGCACCAGGUUCGUUCGGGGCACUUGCAAGAAGACCGAUGGGACCUGUCCCUUCUCGCACCAGGUGUCCAAGGAGAAGAUGCCCGUGUGCUCCUACUUCCUGAAGGGCAUCUGCAGCAACAGCAGCUGCCCCUACAGCCAUGUGUACGUGUCCCGCAAGGCUGAGGUCUGCACUGACUUCCUCAAAGGCUACUGCCCGCUGGGUGCCAAGUGCAAGAAGAAACACACGCUGCUGUGCCCUGACUUCUCCCGCAGGGGCACCUGCCCCCGGGGUGCCCAGUGUCAGCUGCUGCACCGGAACCAGAGGCGAGCCAGCCGGCGGGCGGCCACUCCGGCCCCAGAGCCCGGCAGCACGCCCCCUCGGAGCCGGGCCUCCACCAGCCACGGGCCCAGGAAGGUCUCGGCCACCCAGCGCCCCGCCAGACAGAUGUCCAGUGCCUCCACCUCUACGGCAGCCGGCUCAGCCUCCCCCCAGUCCCCCCGGGCUGCACCCUCAGCCUCUUCCUCAUCUUCCAAAGCUCCUCCCCGCGUCUCCUCCCCCUCUUCCUCCUCCUCCUCUUCCCCUCCCGUGCCCCUUUCCCUGUCCCUCUCCUUAGACCAGGAGGAACCGUCCUUGCAGGAAGCUGCCCAGGCAGUAUCCAGCUCCGGGGGCCUCUCCAAGCUGCCGUCCUUCAUCUCCCUGCACUCCACGCCGAGCCCUGCAGGGCAGCCCAGGGCCCAGACCCCUCGGACCCUCCCCAUCAAGGACUCAGGGAGGCCUCUGCACAUCAAGCCUCGGCUGUGAGCUGGCAGGACACACCACGGCCUCGUCCGAAGAGAGGCUGCCGCGCUAAGCCUGCUGCCGGCCCCACGGUG